AUGUCAAACAGCGUUCACAGAAUUAAAGAGGUAUUUGGCCCAGCUGCCACUCCUGACCAAGCCGAAACCAGGAUACACUCUACAACUUUAUUUAGCCAUUACUGCGGUAGCGGUGAGCGCGGUACUGGUUCGAGGAGACGAUGGGCACAGAAACCCAUCUAUUACAUCAGCAAGGUGCUCCUGGAUGCAGAAACCAGAUACAACAAUGUGGAGAAGUAUGCCUAUGCACUGAUAACGGCAGCUCAGAAAUUAAGACCUUACUUUCAAACCUACACCAUAGGAGUGCUCACAAAUCAGCCUCUGAAGAAGAUAUUGGCUAAAAACAACCAUUGUGGGAGGCUGGUGGCAUGGUCGGUAGAGCUAGGGGAGUUUGACAUCCAGUACAAGCCUUGCACUGCCAUUAAGGCUCGGGCCCUAGCAGAUUUUGUCGUUGAGUGCACCCUACCUGAGGAAGAGAUAACCCCAGAUAGUGAGCCUAGGGAGGCGAUAGAAACUUGGACCUUGUUCGUGGAUGGGCUAUCCAAUGCAAGCGGGUGUGGCGCAGGCCUGAUACUGUCAAGUCCAGGAGGAUUCUUAGUGCAGUAUGCGCUAAGGUUUGAAUUCCAGACCACCAACAACGGAGCAGAAUAUAUAACCCUAAUUGCAGGACUAAAUUUAGCCAAGAGUUUGAUGGUAAGAAAUAUUACUGUUCACAGUGACUCCCAGUUGGUAGUCAAUCAAGUCAAGGGGGAGUAUGAGGCAAAGGAACCGCGCAUGACACAAUACAUGAGCAAGGUGCGAAACCUAAUUACUGAGUUCAUCAACUUUCAAAUACAACAAGUACCCCGAGCGCAGAAUGCCUCAGCAGACACCCUUUCCAGGCUGGCCACCUCAGAAUUUCAAGACCUCAACAGAACCGUGUAUGUAGAUGUAAUCGGUAAACCAAGCAUAGAAGAAGCAGAGGACAUACUGCCCAUUGAAAUGGAACCUUGUUGGAUGGACCCCUUGACAGCCUAUCUCCAAAGGGGCUCAUUGCCUACAGACAAGGAAGAAGUAAAGAAGAUAAGAAUGAGGGCAGCACGGUACACGUUGAUAGGAGGAAUACUUUAUAAGAAGGCAUAUGCCAUGCCCUACUUGAAAUGUCUCCGGCCAUCUGAAGCAGAAUAUGUUCUACGGGAGAUACACACAGGCAUUUGCAGACAACACUUGGGGGGCAUAGCACUCGCCCACAAGGUCAUCAGACAAUGGUAUUUCUGGCCAUACCUGCACAAGGAAGUAAUGAGUUAUGUUCGCAAAUGCCUUAAAUGCCAAACAUUUGCACCAAUCACGUGUCAACCAGCAACAGAGCUCACUUCAAUUUCAAGCCCAUUAUCUUUUGUACAAUGGGGCAUGGAUAUCCUGGUACCUUUCCCAAAGGUAUCUGGAGGUAGGCAAUUCGUGGUCGUGGCCAUGGACUACUUUACCAAAUGGGUAGAGGCAAAAGCCUUGGCAGUAAUUUUAGCAGCAAAAGUAUGGAAAUUCUUCCUCCACUCAAUCAUCUAUAGAUACAGAAUUCUAAGAACUCUCAUCACUGACAAUGGAAAGCAAUUUGACCAAAAAUUCAAGGAAUUUAGCGAUCAGUACGCAAGUCAAUUGAGAAAGACCUCGGUAGCUCACCCAUAA